AUGGAUGUUAAUGGACAAGUAACGAAAGUCACAUGGAGGAUUGAGAACUUCUCCAGUAUUAAAGGCAAAAAGCUCUGCUCUGAAAAUUUCACUGUUGAUGACACUAUGAAAGAGUUCACGUGGAGUGUUACUAGUUGGGGUUUCCCUUCAUUCUUACCUCUUAGUGAAUUACACAACCCAACAAGAGGCUAUCUCGUCAAUGAUACAUGCAUAGUUGAAGCCUACGUUUUUACUGAUAGGAAAAUUGGUUUUAUUUCACAUGAAUUGAUAGUCAAAACUGAUGCGGAUAAACUUAAGACUAAGGAAGCCGAUUGUGUUAAAGCAGCCAUGGACAACCAGAAAACUGUAUCAACCAAACCAGUUGAAAUCACUAAUCCUUCACCAACUCCACCUUGCCAGAUUAUGGCUACUGAACCUGAGGAGCCUACUGAGGAAGAUAUGAACAUAUUCUUCACUAGCUUAGAGUCUAAGCUUUGGAGCUCCAACACUAUUUUUUCUCGAGAAGAAGCAAAGGAAGCACUGACUAAAGUAGAAAAAGCCUUGAAUAUGACCCCGGUUAAUUUUUACGGUUCUUGGAAGCUUUCUCCACUUAAGCAUGCAUUUAAGAUACUAGCUAGUUUUGAUUGUUCCUCUACCACCCUUACAAUUGAGCAAAUAAAAAAAGAGUUGUUGGCCAUGGAGGAGAGCUUGAAAGAACUAGCUGACUGA